AUGGAGAUGUCACCAGAAAACAAUGAUGUGGACGUGGAUGUUGGGAGAAGGGAAGAUACAAAGGAGGAGGUGGAACUGUUGGAGCGUAUGGUGGAUAGGUACUUCAGCGGGAAGGUUGGGGAGGAUGAUGAGGGAGAAGAAGAGGACAAGUCCUUAUUGCUCUUCCUAGAUGCGGUUGAUCGCAUCUCCAAACUCUCCACCUCAACUGUUAUUUCCUCCGACGAGUUUGACCAAAUUAAUCUCGUUCUUGAAAAAGCAAUGUUCCUGUUAGAGAAACGUCUUUCUUCUCUUCUAGAUCAGGAACCCAAAUCCAAACCAUCCAACAAAUCCUUCUCCUUUCGUUCUCGUUCUCGUUCUCACCUCUCUUCCAUUUACGAGACCCAAUCCCCUAGGCCAACCCAACAGUAUCAACAAACCCAAGACCCUUUUAAUUACUCUCCACAAAGGAUUUCCACUUUGAACAAGAUCUCCACUGCCAUGAUCGCCGCCGGCUACCACAUCGAGUGCUGCAUGGCUUUUGCCUAUUUCAGGCGGAGUGCUUUCAAAAAUACACUCCAGACAUUUGGAUACGGGAACACCAAAAUGGAAGAUCUGUAUAAAAUGCCAUGGGAAUCGCUUGAAGGCGAAAUUACAUCGUGGAAUCAAGUGGUUUGGCAUUGCACCACCGUGCUUUUCAGCGCUGAACGAAGCCUUUAUGAAUCCAUCUUCCCCAAUCAACCCUCUAUAGUUCAAAACUUGUUCUCCGAUCUUGCACGACAUGUCAUCAUCCAUUUGCUCGAUUUUGCACAAGGUGCUGUUCUAACGAAAUGGACCACGGAGAAACUAUUCAAAUUCCUUGAUAUGUACGAGACCCUGAGGGAAGACGUUGUCCAGGGUUCCUAUCUGGAGUCGUGCGAAAAGGAGCUGGCGUAUGAGAUAAACACGGCAAAAGAGAGGAUAGUAGAGGCUAUCGUGGCCAUGUUUGGUGAUUUGAAGAACUCCAUCGAGAACGACAACGAAAGGAUUCCUGUUCCGAACGGUGCAGUGCACCCAUUGACUCGUUAUGUCAUGAACUAUCUAAAAUAUGCAUGCGAGUACAAGAAAACGUUGGAGCACGUGUUUGAGCAAGGAGAAGGUGAAAUGAGGAAUGGGAAUGAGAAAUGUAUGGAGGUGGAUGAAGCGGAAGAUGUAGAGACGCCGAAGAAUUCGGGGUUUGCAGUUGAAUUGAUGAGCAUAAUGGAGCUUUUGGAUGCAAAUGUGGAAAGGAAAUCAAAGUUGUACAAGGAUAAUGCUUUGAGGUAUUUUUUUCUGAUGAACAACGGGAGAUACAUAGUGCAGAAGGUGAAAGGGUGUAGGGAGCUUAAUGAGUUGAUGGGUAACAAUUGGUGCAGGAGGAGGCAAUCGAGUCUGAGACAUUACCACAAGAAUUAUCAGAGGGAAACGUGGAGUAAGGUGUUGGAUUGCCUCAAACCAGAGGGGCUUCAGGGGAGUAGGAACAAGGUGUCCAAACAGCUUGUGAAAGAAAGGUUCAAAUGCUUCAAUGGGAUGUUUGAAGAGAUACACAAGUGCCAGAGCAGUUGGAUGGUAAGCGACAACCAACUCCAGUCCGAACUCAGGGUUUCCAUCUCCGCCUUGGUCAUCCCUGCUUACCGCUCUUUCCUUGGAAGAUUUAAACAGCAUCUUGAAUCAACCAGACAUAUUGACAAGUACAUUAAAUACCAUCCCGAAGACAUCGAGGUUUUGAUCGAUGAUUUGUUUGCUGGUAAUGUUGGCUCCAUGUCUCGUAGGAGGACAUGA